UUAGUAACACACAUAUAAAAAUUAAUUAACAAAACAGAUACAAAUAAUUACGUGGAAUAAAACAAAUAUCCGGAUUAAAACAGAGCAACAAAAACAACAACAAUGACGGUAAUAGAGGGCAACAAAGACGAAGCAAUGCGCUGCAUCGAUAUUGCUGUGCAAGCUUUGACCGAGGGUAAAUUGGAAAAAGCCGAGAAAUUCCUAUUAAAAGCCGAGAAACUAUUCCCAACGGAAAAGGCCAAAGUACUCCUUUCCAAGGUGAAAAGUUUUCCCUCAAAUGGCGGUUCAUCGUCGGCUGGCGGUUCAUCACAGCGUGACAGUGAAACCGAUGGCGUUCGCAAACGCAAAAAUUCCGAUUCACGUAAUGCUGAACCCGAUUAUACCGCCGAACAAAUGGAAGCUGUUCGUAAAGUGAAAAAAUGCAAAGAUUAUUAUGAAAUUUUAGGCGUUACCAAGACAUCAACAGAUUCGGAAAUUAAGAAAGCCUAUAAGAAACUUGCCUUACAAUUGCAUCCGGAUAAAAAUCGUGCCCCUGGUGCUGUUGAAGCUUUCAAGGCCGUCGGUAAUGCUGCCGCCAUUCUUACAGAUCCUGAAAAACGUAAACAAUACGAUUUAUAUGGCAUUAAUGAUUCACAUAGUGGUGGUGGCGGCGGAGGCGGCAAUGGUGGUAUGCGUAAUGGCUAUUAUACCAGUGAUUUUGGCUAUUCGCGUGGUUUCCAAGCCGACGUCAGUGCUGAGGAAAUUUUCAAUAUGUUCUUCGGUUCUGGAUUUCCACAACAAAAUGUCUAUAUGAGAUCAAAUCGACGACGCCAGCAAAGGGAAGAAAGAGAGAAUCAAUCUUCAUCAUCGGCUUUGAUUAAUUUAUUGCCUAUUUUGGUUUUGAUUGGCCUAUCAAUGAUGUCGUCAUUCUUUAUUUCGGACCCCAUCUAUAGCUUGACACCAUCACACAAAUAUUCGGUGAAACGUGAAACCAAUUCAUUGAAGAUACCCUACUAUGUUAAGGACAAUUUCUAUUCGGAAUAUCAAGGUUCGGUGGGACGAUUAGAGGAAUCGGUUGAGGAAGAUUUUAUAAAUCAUUUGAAGUUAUCAUGCAGUCGAGAAAGAAAUUAUCGUGAUUCAAUGCUAGCUAAAGCUCGUAGUUUUGGUGAUCGUGACUUGUUCCGCAAGGCCCAAAAUAUUAAUAUGCCCUCGUGUGAAAAUCUUCAAAAGUAUUUGAAUACAUAGUUUAAGACGGUUCAACACUAUCAUUAGAAACAAACAAACCAACAAAAAAAU